AUGCAAUCACCUACUCAGCCUCACGAGGCGGUCAUUGCUCGUGUUCUCCGGUACCAAAAAGGCUCCGCUGGUCGAGGUAUUUUUCUUUCUUCUACGGCUCCACUUACGUUAACCGGGUUUUGUUAUGCGGAUUGGGGCAGCUUCCCCAUCACUCGUCGUUCCACGACAGGUUUCUUUAUCACUCUUGGUAGUUCACCCAUUUCUUGGCGAACUAAGAAGAAGACGGUUGUUGCCCAAUCAUCCACAGAGGCAGAAUAUCGGGCUAUGGCCAGUAUAGUGAUGGCUUCUUCGAGAUCUUGGUGUUUUCUCUCCUACACCUACUGUUUUACACUGUGA